CUAUACUCUGCAGUGGUUUACUGAUCUAUAUAUAUUCUAUUAUACUGUGCUGUUGACCCCUGCGUUGUUAUAGCUUGUCUGUUACAGGUUGAGUGAUACCCCUAACAUUAGCUCAAACAUCCCGGUCCUGCUACGAUAGGAAAAGAAAAAGAGAGCAACAUGAAAGCGGUCAUCCAACGAGUCAAGUCCGCAUCCGUGACGGUCGAUAAUCAACUGGUAUCUUCGAUUGGGCGUGGUCUCCUAGUUCUAGCUGGAGUCGGGAAAGGCGACGAUGAGAAGGAAGCAGACAGUUUGAUCUCGAGGAUCAUAAGAUGCCGGUUAUGGCCGGACGAUAACGGGAAGCAGUGGAAGAAGAAUGUCCAGGAUAUUGAAGGCGAAAUACUCUGCGUCUCGCAAUUCACCCUCUAUGCGCAAUUAAACAAAGGCAAACAACCCGAUUUCCACGAAGCCGCCGAUGUCGAAACCGCGCGCAGACUCUACGAUUACUUCUACCAACGGUUACGCGAAGCCUACAAGCCGGAACGGGUCAAGAACGGUGUCUUCCAGGCGAUGAUGGAUGUCGAGUUGAAGAACGACGGACCGGUGGGUUUAGAUUACCGCAGUGACGAAGAGGCGGUCACGAUCGAGGUUAACACGAAACUCCCGAAGAAAGAAAAGACACCGGAGGGGAAUAAGCACGAUAAGGGAGGACAGACCGAGGGCCAGCAGAGCUAUGAAUUCAAGCUCCCCGCGACGCUGCUAGAAUAACACCACCACAAUAUAAUAGCAUAGUAAAAUAGACAUCCAAUAUAGAUAUGAAUGUAAUGAUGUACAAGGA